AAAACUAUUGAGGAAAGAAAAAAAGUUGAUCCAAAACCAAGAAUUGAUCCAACUAGGCCCCAUGAAGAUAUUGAUACUCAGAUAAAAGAAAUCGAGAAAGUUAUUUCUGAACAGAGUAAUACAACUGAUAAAGUUUCACUUUUUGAAAAAUAUGCUGAGAAAAGCAAAAGACUGUUUGCAGCUAAAAAUGAAUACAAACAAAUAGAAAAAGUGAAUAAGCAAAUAGCCAAAAUGAUGGCAAAAAGAAAAUCAAGGACUAGAUACAUUAUAAGCUAUACUCAGUAUGUCAUGAAUCUCUCUUUUGCUGUUGUUCUCAACCAUAAUGGAUUUACUGGCAGUCUUGAUUUCAGUAAACCCCAAUCUUUAAUAUUAGAGGACUCAAAUAACAGACAUUUGAGUAUAAAUCUUCUUCUACGAGAAGCUGGACGAAUGGAGAGCACCCAGUUCAUAUUCUUGUCACCUUUGGAUUUACCCGAUUUAAGAGUUGCAAACAACAUUAGCAUCAAAGUGCAUAAAAUGCAAGCACCUCAGCGAAUCGGAUUAAGUACCAUGGAUGAACAAUGAUUUGUAUUGAGUUGUAUGUACCUUUCUGGUACGAUUUGUAUAGAGAGUAUGUGCCUUUCUGGAAGUAUUCUUAUGCUAUUAUAUCCUUUCUCUUUUCAUAGGUUCCCAAAGCAGGCGCUAUCUCCCCCUGGUGGGUGAAGAACUUUAGGGUGUGUUAUUAAAAUUCAUGAUUUUUUAGGUUUAAGGAAUUAAUUAAAUUACUGAGGCAGCAUAUAUUCAUUAUGAAUGCAGUUGUGUAAUUAAAAUUGCUUAUGCUUAAAAGUAACAAAUACAUGUGAACACAUCUUCAUGUGAAUUUAAAGCUUUUUUGUCCUAGCAGCUUACAUAAAUUUCACCUAAAAGUUGAUUUAUUCUUGAAACUUAAUUAAACUUGCAUUUAAAAAAAAA